UAUAAACCCAACCUGACCUCUGGUCCUUCAUCUAUUUACUCUCUCCCUUUUCUCUAAAAUAUCUCUCCCGAUCUGUAUUGUCUUUCUCAUUCUCUGAGCGACAAUGACUCAUCCGGCUGAAUCCUCUAACGCGAGUUCGGGGAAGAAGGACUUCUCCACGGCGAUUUUGGAGAGGAAAAAAUCGCCUAAUCGGCUGGUCGUUGACGAGGCGGUUAACGAUGACAACUCCGUCGUCGCUUUGCAUCCUGAUACCAUGGAAAAGCUCCAGCUUUUCCGCGGCGACACCAUUCUCAUCAAAGGAAAGAAACGAAAAGAUACAAUCUGCAUUGCUCUUGCUGACGAUACAUGUGAACAGCCUAAAAUCAGGAUGAACAAGGUUGUUAGAUCCAAUCUUAGGGUUCGACUUGGGGAUGUUGUCUCUGUGCACCAGUGCCCAGAUGUUAAGUAUGGCAAGCGUGUUCACAUUCUUCCUAUUGAUGAUACCAUUGAAGGAGUUACUGGGAAUCUGUUUGACGCUUUCUUGAAACCUUAUUUCUUGGAGUCUUAUCGCCCUGUGAGGAAAGGAGAUUUCUUCCUUGUUAGAGGUGGAAUGAGGAGUGUUGAAUUCAAGGUCAUUGAAACUGAUCCUGGGGAAUACUGUGUUGUUGCUCCAGACACUGAAAUUUUCUGUGAGGGGGAACCUGUGAAGAGGGAAGAUGAGGAUAGGUUGGAUGAAGUCGGUUAUGAUGACGUUGGUGGUGUUCGAAAGCAGAUGGCUCAGAUUCGUGAGUUAGUGGAGCUUCCAUUAAGGCAUCCUCAGCUCUUUAAAUCAAUUGGUGUGAAGCCACCAAAGGGGAUCUUACUUUAUGGACCCCCAGGUUCUGGAAAGACUUUGAUAGCCAGAGCUGUCGCUAAUGAAACUGGUGCUUUCUUCUUUUGUAUUAAUGGGCCAGAAAUUAUGUCCAAAUUGGCUGGAGAGAGUGAAAGUAAUCUCAGGAAGGCAUUUGAAGAAGCGGAGAAGAAUGCUCCAUCUAUAAUCUUUAUUGAUGAGAUUGAUUCCAUUGCUCCCAAGCGAGAGAAGACAAAUGGUGAAGUUGAAAGACGUAUUGUUUCACAGCUUUUAACUCUUAUGGAUGGGCUUAAAUCCCGAGCCCAUGUUAUUGUUAUGGGGGCUACUAAUCGCCCAAAUAGUAUUGACCCUGCUUUGAGGAGGUUUGGUAGAUUUGAUAGGGAGAUAGACAUUGGUGUUCCAGAUGAAGUUGGGCGCCUUGAAGUUCUCCGCAUCCAUACGAAGAACAUGAAGCUGUCUGAUGAAGUUGAUCUAGAGAGGAUUGCUAAAGAUACUCAUGGGUAUGUCGGUGCUGACCUUGCUGCUCUGUGUACCGAAGCUGCAUUGCAAUGCAUCAGAGAGAAAAUGGACGUGAUUGAUUUGGAGGAUGAAACUAUUGAUGCAGAGAUACUUAAUUCUAUGGCUGUUACAAAUGAGCACUUCCAAACUGCACUUGGAACUAGCAACCCUUCUGCUUUGCGUGAAACUGUUGUUGAAGUUCCCAAUUGCAGCUGGGAGGACAUUGGAGGCCUUGAAAAUGUUAAGCGUGAGCUUCAAGAGACUGUUCAAUAUCCUGUGGAGCAUCCAGAGAAGUUUGAGAAAUUUGGCAUGUCACCCUCAAAAGGUGUCCUUUUCUAUGGUCCCCCGGGGUGUGGGAAAACUCUACUUGCAAAGGCAAUUGCAAAUGAAUGCCAAGCAAAUUUCAUCAGCAUUAAAGGCCCUGAACUGCUCACUAUGUGGUUUGGUGAGAGUGAAGCCAAUGUUCGGGAAAUAUUUGACAAGGCUCGACAAUCUGCACCAUGUGUUCUUUUCUUCGAUGAGCUUGACUCUAUUGCAACUCAGAGGGGAAGCAGUGUCGGGGAUGCCGGUGGUGCUGCUGAUCGAGUUUUGAAUCAACUCCUUACUGAAAUGGAUGGCAUGUCAGCUAAGAAGACAGUUUUCAUUAUUGGGGCCACAAAUAGACCUGACAUCAUUGACCCAGCACUUUUGCGUCCAGGUCGUCUUGACCAGUUAAUUUAUAUUCCUCUACCAGAUGAGGAUUCACGCCAUCAGAUCUUCAAAGCCUGUUUGAGAAAGUCACCAGUCUCAAAAGAUGUUGAUAUUAGAGCAUUAGCAAAGUAUACUCAGGGCUUCAGUGGGGCAGAUAUUACUGAGAUAUGCCAGCGAGCUUGCAAGUAUGCCAUUAGAGAGAACAUAGAGAAGGAUAUUGAGAAGGAGAGAAGAAGAAGGGACAAUCCUGAAGCUAUGGAUGAGGAUGUCGAGGACGAAGUGCCAGAGAUUAAGGCUGCUCAUUUUGAAGAGUCCAUGAAGUUUGCUCGCAGGAGUGUCAGUGAUGCUGAUAUCCGCAAAUAUCAGGCAUUUGCUCAAACCUUGCAGCAGUCUAGGGGUUUCGGAAGUGAAUUCCGGUUUUCUGAGGCUGGAACAGGGGCUACUACUGGAUCUGAUCCAUUCUCCACUUCUGCUGGUGGGGCGGAUGACGAUGAUUUGUAUAGUUAGGUUUUAUUCACUUGUUCAAGUGUCCCGCCAAAGAAAUUUCCUUAUGUAUGUGACAUUUGUCUUAAGCUAUUUCAUUUACCACAAGAUAUGGAACUUGUAGGUUCUUUCAUCAUGGGACUAGGUUUACCAGUUAGUGUUAUUUCAUUUGCUACAUUUAACAUUCAGUUUCCAAUUGUCAAAUUGUUAUUUGUUUUUAUUUAUGGAUUAAACUGACAAUGAAAAAUUAGAAGUUCAUGA